AUGUUUGAUACAUUCAAUACCCUUUUCGAUACACUCCGCUCAUUAUUAACAUCCAAUGAAUCAAUCGAUACCGAGAAAAUCCAAAUCAUCACAUCAAAUAAAAGCAAUUUAUUGAAUAUUACUUCCAAUCCGCCACAAAAUGCCGCUCAACGCGCGAUUCUUUCUCGUGCAGAUCUUGAUGGUAUUCAAUUCGAUUCGUUACCUGAACGUCGAAAACUACCACGUCUAUUCAUUGAUGAAUGUUUCGCUAUCAGUGAUCUAUUCCAAUUGAACGAAUACGAUUCUCUCUUAUUAUUAGUCGAAGGCGAAUCAUUACAAUCGAAUUUUCCCGAUUGUACACGUGGUCUAUUAGCUGUUCAGCUGUACUAUGAAUCAAAAGAACGGCUCGCCGCAUGUUUAGCUUAUCUAAUGGCAUGUUUGAGCGGUCGAACAUUUCAAUCUUUACUAAAAAAUGCGAAAUCAAUCGAGUUCUGUUCGACUUUUAUCACUGAUCUCAUCGAACAGCGUUUAAUCGAAAACAUCAUUAAACAAUUGAUCUCCUUUCAAAUCCGAAACGAAGAGCAAAAAUUGUAUUCAAAAGCUGGCUUAGGCAAUGUUAAACAUCGUCGACGUGUUCAGGAUUCUAUUAAACACAUCCGAUCAUUCCAAGCCAAGUCCGUCUUUCUCUACAGUUGUCAAACACGGCUAACUCAAGCACAUAUUCUUGCCAUUCUUACAUAUCUUUCGAAGCAUUCGGCAGUUCAAGACGAUGGAAUUAUUGAUGAAUCAACACUUUAUAUCCUUGGCGCGUUUCUAUAUGGAAUCACAUUAGCACUAACGAUUCCCAACGAUGCAAUGACAGGUUCGUCGUCAAUUUUAACAACGAAACAUCAACAAUUCAGUUUACAAGAAGAUCAACCAUUAAUUUCAUUGGAUAAUAACACAACGACAUCGACAUCAUCCAUUGAUCCGGCAUUGUUAACAACAAUUCGUGAUCUUCUAUCGAAUGAUGAACGCUGGGUCGUACCGGAAGUGAAAGCGGUCUGUCAAUUAGCUUGGGCGAUUAUUCUACGAGCACGAUCGCAUAUUUUACCUGAUGGACAUAUCUAUUCGGAAGAUAUUGAAACAUUAGCUGAUACAGCAGUUGAAGCGCAUGUAUUCGCAUUUUUAUCGGAAACAGUGAUAAAAAGUUCUUUAUUCGAACAAGAAGAAUUUUUAAUUCGACGUUUUCACACACUUUUUGUGGAUUUUAUCUACUAUUUACCAUUCAAAUUGAAAGAAUUACGUGUUCAAGCAGAAGAUACAGCACGAAUGAUCGAAGAUUGCGAGCGUGCAAGAAAACCUUUACCGGAUAAUUUACAAAGAGAUUAUGAAUACUUUCUUGAAUUGCUCUCAAUGUUCUAUGCAAAUGAUCACAUGGACUUACAUUUAAGUGAAGAGUUUUGGAUCGCUGCUGAUGCUUUAGCAGGACAUCGCAAGAUGCAAUCACCAACUCAGCAACAAGUAGCGUUGGCCAAUUUCGUCGAAUCAGCCGGUGGCACACUCUCGGCUUAUCUUUAUUGUCACUACAUUCAUAUGUUAGCGGGUAUAUCUUCAACACAAUCCAGUGCACAUGCUUGCUUUGAAUUACUUCGAUUUGCUAAAGAUACUGGUGGACCAACAUGUUGGAAUCGGAUCUUUCAAGCGUUUCUUCUCUAUAGAAAUACAUACCGCCCGGAUACGCUAUUAAAUCAACAAACUCAAACGUCGUUUACUGGAACGCCAUCUGCAUCUGCAAUGAAAACGAUCGCGCCAAAAGAAGUUACAGCUUUAAUCGCUGUUCUCAAUCUGAUUGAAGUCAUUGCAUCGCAGGAUGAAGUGUCUCGUAUUGGUUUUUUCGAACAUCCACAAUGGCAAAUCACGGGCGCGUUCUUUGGUUUGUUGUCUUGUCGGAUUUCAUUGGAUUUAAAAGCGGCUUUGUUCAAUACUCUAUCGGCAUUUACAAAAACACCAGAAAUUGCCGUACAUUUCUGGAAAAUCAUCGGAGAAAUCGAUUUAUUUGCACCAAUCGAGAAUUCGGAUAUGCCGGCAUUGGCUUAUGAAAUCGAAGAAUUCGAAGUUCCAUCGCAGAAAUACACGUUCUUGAGAGCUUGCUUGAAAUUUCUUCAGCCAAUUAUAACACAACAACUGAAAACUAAUUUGGAUAUGCGAACAUUGGGCUUUUGUGUUGUUUUCUUAGUCAAUCAUGUUCUUCUAAAGAUACCGACAAGAGUAUUCAAAUCCAUCCAAGAAAAAUGGCAAAUCGUUGAGAACGUUCUUAUCAUCUUAAACGAUAUCGUAACCAACUAUUUUUCCAGCCAAGCCGUCGAAAACGAUACGAAUGAAACAAACAUAGUUUCCGCUGGUGAAUUAUUAGUCAAUGAUUUACUCCGUGGUGGUAUUCUCUAUAACUUACUAACUGCAUUGAUCACCGAUGGAUGUGACAAAUUAGCGGAGUAUACUUCAUUUAUCGGUGAACACGAAUUAUCUCGAAGUUUGAUCUUAAUCAUGGAAUUACUCGAAUCAGUAACAAUCAACAGUCAACAGAUCUUACAAACGGACAAAUCAUCAGCAUUUACAUUUUGUCAAACACCCAUCGAACGAAUCGUAACGGACGCGAGUACCAAAGACCUAUUUCCUAACAUAAUGAAAUUAAUUGACAUGAUUGAUUAUUUCCCAAAGCUAUCCAAUCAAUCGUUGUCAAUCAUUGCGAAAACAUUGAGCGAAGAUAAACUACAAAAGCCAUUCCUUCGACUUCUACCUAAAGAACACAAAGACAAAGCUUUACUACGAAACGGUUUAGUGCGGUGUUUGGAGUUCACAGAACCAGAUUGUGAUGAACAUACCGAUACAGAUGAAGUCGAUUUGAAAGGUCGAAUGCGCUAUACAGUACUUUGGUUGCUGACUAAAUCUGUUCAAUCAAAUAUCGGUCAUUUUCUUUGCGGGUUUACUCGUCAACAGCAACUCGAACCGAUUGAUUCGUAUUUUACAUUAACUGGUAAAAGUUGUCGAGUGAAUAAUUGUCUUCAAGCGAUUUUGAACUUCUUCGAUGAUUUAUCUCCGAUGAAAAUUGAUUCUUACCAAAAGACUUUACCGUUAUGUUAUGAAGUUCUCUAUCUUCUCUGCACAAAUCAUUCGCCGAACGUGAUCAAAAUUACAUUUGAUAUUCUUCAUGAACAUGUUUUUAUUCCAAAGCAAAUUCAGACGUAUUUUCCACUGAAAACCUCGUCUACAUCAAACAUUUUCAAACAUUCCAUCGAAACUUACUUGUUACGCUUAACAGCACUUGAAUUAUUUCAUUUAAUCAAUCAUCCGACCAUUAUUUCGAAAAAUCUCAUCGACACAACAAUGAAUUUUCUUUUCGAACUAAUCGAUAUCAAACUCAAUCGUCUAACAUCAUCGCUAUUGAACCUUCCCUAUCACAAAUCCGACGAUCAGUUCCUAUCACAAUUGAAAACACCGAACAUUGAUUUGACCAAAGUCAACCACAUUCUUCAAGCUUGUCAAUACAACGAGCGAGCAAACUUGAAAUUGUAUCGUUUGGAGUCUUUACAGAAGUUUCUUUCCAACGAAAUCAAGACCAUACAACAAACCACUCAAUCAAAUAACAAUGAAUUACUCAACGAAAUGAACAACGCCCAGGAUAAUUACAUUCACGAUUGCAAAAUCAUUCUCGCCUAUGCGAAUCAGUUGAAUAACGAACAGAUUGAUUUCUACUGGAGAAAUUCCCAUAUCGAUGCAUGGCGUUCAUUGGUUGAACUGAUUCUCUAUUUGAAUUUGAGUCCAAUCAGAACAUUUUCAUUCGAUUUGUGCAAUUAUUUAUAUGAGAAGAUUUUCCAUCAAACAAACGUAGUGCUUGAUGAUCAACAAAUUAGCCAUUUGAUGAAUGUAUUCUUGACUGCAAUUAUCGCAAUUAAACAAUUGAAUAUCACGGGAGAAUAUCGAACGAAUCUUAUUGGAAUUUUAAGGAAUUUAUUCGAUUUCAUUCAACCGCGAUUUACAGCCAAAGGUCGAGCAGCAAUCUACGGUGCAAUUGUGCAAUCGAUUGAGAUCAUCGAAAGCGUUGAACAACAACACCAAGACGAUUUGAGAAGAAUAUUUAGUAAUGUAAUUCAACAAAAUCAUAAUCUAUUAACGAUCGUUUACGAUGAUGCACUUUCAAGUGUGCCUGCAGUGAGAUCAUCUGCAUCGAGUCUUUUGACUUCUUUGAUCACAGUGGAUACAUCCGAUAUCAUCUUGAGUAAUUUCCAUCAAACAUUUCUACGUUCACUCGAAGGGGAAUUACGGCAAUUGACCUGCGCGGUUGUACAAUCGUUACAAACAUCUGGCACAGUUGACCUCAAAACCUGGCAUUCGUUUUCGUCCUAUAUGGCUUUAUUGUUACGUAUAUCAUCUGUUAAUAAUGGUGCUCAAUUACUUGUUUCAAGUAAUGUAUUUGACGCGCUGUUACCAUUGAUGGACUUUCAUGUCGACACUCGACGUUUAUUACAUGAGAAUGAAUCAAGUCGAAAUGGUCGAUGGAUGUUUGGCCGAACACUUGCGUUUGUUGUUGAUCUAACAGUUGCUGCAUUAUUGGCAAGCGUUCGAACCAAAGAAAAGGUCUAUCAAUUCGUAAAUCAAUUAACCGAAUUAAUCCUGAAGAUCUUAGCGAGUCCACUGGAUAAUCUAUGCAGUCUGCAUGAAAUUGAUACAGUUCUCAAAUUGGUUUCAACUCUCGAUGCAUCAACUGAUUCAACUGCACGAUCGAUUGACAAUCAAUUACAACGAAUGAGACAAUCAUCAUUCAAAUUACUGACAAUUCUAUCUCGUGAUGAUCUAUUUCGUCAUCUAUUGGCACAAAUUGAUGCACCUCGGGCUCGACAGAUCAUUUCUAGUACAUAUUGGCGAGUAUGUUUCAAUAUUCUAACGAUGGCUAUUCAUCUUCUCCAUCAAAAUAGCCCCGAAUUGACUGAACAUCUUUCAGCGACACUUAAACUAUGCGAAUGGAUUACAUUGAACAUCACAAAUCUUUCCCAAGAUGAAAAAUCAACUCUGUUCAACAUCUGUCAAACGCCUGUUGAUCGAAUAUCAACACCAAAGAUGAAGCAAGAUCUUCUAAUUCAAUUAAUGAAAUUAAUGGAUAAUAGUGCAGCGUUGUACAAUCCAAACUGA